AUGGCUGAAAACAAUGCGAGGAAGUCAAAUUCCCAAUUAUUCUCCGUCUACCAAUCCGCUCACACAACCCCCUUCUCAAGAUGUCUUCACAAGUCCUCCCUGCGCUCCGCCACGCCUCUUCCCUUGACCGCAACAGGUCCGCCUCCAGCUCCACCAGAAUCUCCCUCUUCUCAACACAGCGAAAAAUUGGAUCGUCGACGACGGCAAGCCGAUCUCAUGAGAUCAGCACACGACAUCCGCAAUAGCAAAACCCCGCCAAUUACUGGCAGUGCAAGCGGCACCGCAAUGAAGAAGCGCUUCUGGAAAUCCGUCUCAGUAACACAAGAACCCGAAGGCCAGAGCGCCCAUAUAAUCCAUCUCGAUGCCCGGCCCGUCCGCAAUCCCCUCACCAAUCCUGCACAGCCUCUGCAAAUUCCCGCAUCGAAGCCGCAUCUCGCUACUGCCAUCGCCCUGGAAUGGGAUCAUUUGACUUCCGCGGCGCAAGCACUCCGCGCCCAUCUAAUACCACUCACGUCACUCGCAGCGCGGGCGCAGGUACUCGAGCAUGAGGAUGCGCAGAGCGCGCAGGCCGGAUAUGCCAGGGGCGCUGGGGAAGGGCAGGGGAUUCGCUAUGAGAUCAUGAAUACCCUCUUGCGAUAUUUGGACACCGACACGCUGCUUUGUUGGGCACCAGAGCAGAGCUCGGCCGCUACAGAAGAGGGAUCAGGGCUACGGGAGAAGCAGGUAGAGACUGCCAAACCGAUCCUGAGUUUCCUCACACAAGUCGUCUGGCCAGGUGUUGAGCUUGUGCCGGCGUUGUCAGAUGGAAGUAUAUUGCCCAAGUCGCAACCAGCGGCUACGAGGGCGGUGGUCAAGGGCUGGAUGGCAGGGUUACCCGCCUGGGAGCUAGUAGGGUUGGAAAGAGCGGCCCUUGCCGGCAAGAGUCUCAGUGUUGCGGCCAGAUUGGUCGCAGAAUGGAGCGAGGAACUCAGACUAUCCAAUUCAGAGGAGAGAUUGACUUUUGGGGUUGAAGAUGCCGCUAAGGCUUGUAGUGUAGAGGUCGACUGGCAGACUGGCAGGUGGGGAGAGGUGGAGGACAGCCACGAUGUCGAUAAAGAGGAUCUACGACGACAGCUCGGGGCGGUAAUUCUACUCGUCAGUGGUAAAAAAUGUUGA